AUGGGGUACCAUGAUCACUUUGGCAGCUUUAAUGCGCCAAGCGCCGCCGAGAACAUCCUUUCUGAUCCAACCAUCCCAGAUAGAACACGAUAUGGCGCCCUUCGCAAGACCUCUGCGAAUGGGAAUCUCCAGGCAAUCAAGCUGGUGGAUCUUGAAAAGGCGCGAAUGAGCGGUGCCAAGCGGGAUGGAGGUAAACCGGGGAUGAAGCGUGAUGUUGACGCCACUGGGCACCGAAGAGCUUCUGGAGGGCGAAUCAGAGAACCAGAGAACCCCAGGCUUCUCCCCAGAAAGUUCGAUAACUGGAUUCUGGGGAAGAACCCCACGUUUUCGUCCGGGAACAUCAGCGGCACUCGCCUCCUCCAGAUGGAACUGUCUCCCCCACACAAGCAAGCCCCUCGAAUGCGUUUAGCUCCAACUUCCCCGACCUUUGCGCCCCCCACAGAUGCUCAAUAG